AUGUGUGACGAUUCUUUCGCCGCCAGCACCACUAAAUUCGGCAACCAAAGCCUGUUGUGGAGCCCAGCAGAUGACCCGGAGCGCGUCUACACCUUCAUCAGGAAACAGACGAGGUUCAACAAGACGGACCAAAAAAACUACCACUAUUAUGUGUGCCAGGACUGCAGACUGAUCAGGGACAAGCAGGUGAAGGACAAAGUUAACAUUGUAAGCUGGAGUGCUCCACGAAUCACAUUGACAGAGGAUAUGAAGAUGGUAAAGUCUCCCACGGAGACAUUGCACCUCCAUAUGUGUGCCAGAAAGACUAGAGACACUGUUAGGGAGUGUAGGAAGUAAGUUUUUAUGUUUUUGAUGGAGGGAAAAUAUUGAGCAUUCUUGUCACUAAGUUUAAUAUGGUUCUGAUAUUGAAACUUCGCAAAAAUGAGGGUUUUGAACAAAUUUUUCUAUGUUAACAUAGAGAUGUCUUGGUUAAAAUUGACUUUUCGACUAUUGUAAAUUAGACUUUUGAACUGAAUUUGACUUUUAAAUAAUCAGCAAAAGCCGUAAAUUGUUUUAGAAAGAUUAAUUUGAAGCUUUUUUUUACGUUUUGGGUCGUUUUUGGCUUCUAUAUGUUAAUAUAGAGGUGUGUUGGUGAAGAUCAGUUUUUCGCCUAUUACAACUCUGUGUUUUGAACUGAAAUAGAUAUUAAAAUGAUCUGAAAAUGCUGUUUAUUAUUUUAGAAUUAAUAAUUAGAAGUAUUAUUAAGAAUUUGAGUUGUUUUUAGCCUAUGUUAAUAUAGAAGUGUCUUGAUAAAAGCUCAUUUUUCGUUGUUCUUCCUGUAACUUUUAACGCCUAUUUGAUCUUGAAAUUCGAAUUAUAGAGAAAACUUACUUUUUUGCUAAAAAAAUAGGUUUUACUAAAGUAUUUCAGGUUGAAGUCAAGUUUAUCUUAAGUUUUUCAUGAAUAAUAUAGGGAUAUUAAUGAAAAAUGUUUGUUUCUUUGAGUUUUAUAUGUGUUUACAGCUUUAUAUUGAUUGUAAAUUAAUGUUUAAAAGCUUAUCUGUAAAAUAGAGAUAUAACUGUUACCUAAAUUUCUAUUUAUUACCUAAAUUGACGCUUAAAUCGAUGGAUGCACAAGAUUUCUUGAUAAAGAUUGUUUUCAACUUGAUUUUACAGUGAUUUAUACCUAUUUUAUUCUAGGCUGGACAUUUAUGAUGAAAAAGCAUCAUUGGGAAGGAGAUCAGGAGGCUCAUCGCCAUCAACUGACGCAGCUCCAUCCCCAUUCUUGGUCGCUUCAAGCCCUCCUCCCAUGGUUGGUAUCGACUGGUCGUCGUUCGCAUCGGCUCUAUUGGCCCAGAAUAAUGGAAACAUGAGUGGUUUUGGCAACAAUGAGCCAGUUUUCCGGCCAAUCAAGCAAGAAGUACCUGAUGUUAUGGCCUCGAUUACACCUACAACAACAUGGUUUCGUGCUCCGGCUGUAUCGCCAGCUUUACCGGCUUCAGCUUCAGAGUACGGUGUGCAAAUUGGAUCUGCGGCUUCUCCAGCUUCUUCUUCGGCUUCUUCUAGUUCUGGAGCAGUUUCAUCGUCAUCCACUUCUGUAGCGCCUUCAUCGUCAUCAAGCUCUCCAGCAGCUUCAGCAACGUCAGGUUUUGAUUCAAAGGCCAAAUCAACAUCGUUAACCUCGGAUUCAGAAUCCAACUCAGCUUCAUCAGAUUCUGAAGCCAAGCCUUCAUCUUCAAGCUCAGAUUCGGCCGAACCACCAAGAAGAAAGACCUCAAAAAGAAGCCUAAACCAGAUCAGUGAAGUUUUGAUGAAGAAGCGAUGUGAAGAACAUCCGUUAAGAACGUUGUACCCAACGUACGAUGCUCUACUUGGCUUCACUGUUCAGUUGCUGAAGGAGAGAGAGGAGAUUGAGGCUAAGAAGAAGAUGGAAGAGUCGAAGAAGGCCAACAAGAAGCCAAUGGAGAAGAGAAAGACGAUGGAUAAGAAGUCAAGGGAAGGCAAGACGAUGGUCGAGGCUGGUGUGAUGACAAUGGAUAAAGAAAAGCCAGUCGAAUCACAGAAUAAUGUUGACAUGGACAAGCUGGCUCAUAUUUUGCCGGCGUUGAAGAUGUUCUUGGCCAAUAACAUGGUACAACAACAAACUUAG